UGGGUGGUGAGGGUGGGCCUUUCCGGCACGGAAAAGGGAAGGCGCGAGUGUGUUUGAGCAAGUUCCCCCACAAUUACGGAGUUUUGCCGGGAGCAGACGAGGCCGCUGGCGUUUCCGCCAUGUUGGCGUGAGGUAGCUUGAUCGUCAGGCAUAUUGCGGUUGAGCACGUUUCGGAGGGUUGAUAUAGCGGCGAGGCCCUUUGGGUCGUGGUGUCAUCACAGCUGUCGAACCUCAAUUGAAGUCCUGUGUCCACGGUUCUCUCGUGCGCAUCUCGUCUGUCAAACAUCAGCACCGCGGCGUACCAGCGACUACACCACAACGCACAUCUCAUCAUGUCCCACUCUCACAACUCAGACGCCAUGGUCAUGGGCACCAGCGAAUGCCAGAUGGAGAUGCUCUGGAACUGGCGCAUCGUCGACUCCUGCUUUCUGUCCGGCUCAUGGCACGUCAAGAACAAUGCCAUGUUCGCCGCGUCUUGUAUUGGCGCCGCCCUGCUCGUGGUGACGCUCGAAUUUCUGCGUCGCGUUAGCACUGAAUGGGACGCCUACCUCCUGCGAACGUUCCAACGUCAAUUGCGCAUCCAGCAGGCAGCGCUCGCCGAGACACCGCUUUCCAACUGCUGCGACGGCCCCUCUUCUACGCUAGGAACUCAGUACGCUACGUUUCGCGCCACCUCGCUGCAACAGUUAGCGCGCGCCAUCAUUCACGGAGUCACGCUGGGUGUUGCGUACCUGCUCAUGUUGAUUGUCAUGUCUUUCAACGGCUGGAUCUUCAUUUCGAUCAUUCUUGGUGCUAUUCUCGGCAAGUUCUUGUGCGACUGGAUGGUGGUGAGGAUUCCCUUCGAGGCUGUCUUCAGGCAGGAGAAGGAUAUGCGAAGGUCAUCUGUCGAUGCUGCUGGGCCGACAGGAUGCUGCUCUUGAGGUAACGAUGAAGUGGAAGAAUGGUUUCCUGAGACGUAGCAGACAUAUGAUACCCAAUUUACGAAUGAACAAUCAUCCACGGUUGUAAUACACUUCCUCACAAUCUGCACAAUCUGCAAGUAUGCCUGGGUUUUUUCGGUGGCCAAGAACUAUUUGGACAUAUUGAGAUUGAUAGACUCGCGGAGUCAGGGACAUGCUCAGAAACCGUUCAUGUCAAGUGCGAUACUCUGCACUCCUCGGUGACAGUUGUGAAAACAAUGAGUCUGAUGUUGCGUGGCAUGCAGCCUUGCAGUGGGGUCCAAAGCCGAUGGAAAGGCACUUGCAUCGCGUCUU